AUGGCCCCUCUUGUUCCCUCACAGGAGGAGCUGCAGCGUCGUCGUAUCAUCGGCAUCAACGCAGAAACUGUCACUAAUAUUCCCUCGACUGAUUUUCCUGGCCAUUGGCCUGGAGAGUCUAAUGGAUGGGCGCUAGACCAAUUCAAGAAUGAUUUCAAGGUCGAAUACCACCGCAACGACCCGUACGAGGCCUCGUUUUCACUCAUUGGACUGGACGCUGCUGUCGCAAAUGCCUUUCGUCGCAUCCUAAUGGCCGAGAUUCCCACACUGGCCAUUGAAUAUGUUUUCAUUCACAACAACACAUCCGUCAUCCAAGAUGAGGUGCUCGCACAACGAUUGGGCCUGAUUCCGCUGAAGGGCUCUGUGGAGGGAAUCAAUUGGAUGCACUGGUUUCCUAAGCCAGCGGAGAAUGCUGACCCUGAAGCUGAGCCUGAAGCUAGUGACUACAACACGAUCGUGUUGCAACUCAAUUUGGAGUGCACCAAGAACCCGAAUGCCGCUCCUGGAGAGGACGAUCCUCGCAAACUGUACAACCACGCUCACGUAUAUGCAAAGGAUCUUAAGUUUGAACCGGUUGGUCGCCAACCUGAGUUCUUUUCUGGCGAUGGAGCCAUCCAGCCUGUCAACCCGGAUAUUCUCAUCGCGAAAAUGCGACCUGGCCAGAAGAUCGACUUGGAAGCGCACUGUACCAAGGGCAUUGGUGCAGAUCACGCCAAGUACUCCCCCGUUGCCACUGCUAGUUACCGUCUUAUGCCUGUCAUCAACAUCUUGCGACCCAUUAUCGGAGCUGAUGCCAAGAAGUUUGCUAAGUGCUUCCCUAGCGGUGUGAUCGCUCUUGAACCUAUCACUUCCGAAGAGGCUUCGCGCAGUGGAAGUGGAUACGAGGGACAUGCUGGUGAGCAGAAGGCUGUUGUGCGGGAUGCAUUCAACGACACUGUUAGCCGAGAGUGCUUGCGUCACGAGGAAUUCGAAGGCAAGGUGAAGCUAGGACGGAUGCGCGACCACUUCAUUUUCAACAUCGAAAGCACAGGGCAGUUUGAGAGCGAUUACCUCUUCCUAGAAUCUGUCAAACUUCUUAAGGCGAAGUGUGCCUCGUGGAAGCGUGGUUUGGGUGAUCUGAUGGCAUAA